AUGGCUGAAUCAGCAGCCAUGGUUAAGAAGCGAGCGUCCAACGGCCGAAACAAGAAGGGUCGCGGCCACGUCAAGCCCAUCCGUUGCUCCAACUGCUCGCGAUGCACACCCAAGGACAAGGCAAUCAAGAGAUUCACCAUCCGCAACAUGGUUGAGUCCGCUGCCAUCCGUGAUAUCUCCGAUGCCUCCGUAUUCCCCGAGUACACCGUCCCCAAGAUGUACCUGAAGCUCCAGUACUGCGUCUCCUGCGCUAUCCACGGCAAGAUCGUCCGUGUCCGCUCGCGCGAAGGCCGCCGCAACAGGGCCCCUCCCCCAAGGGUCAGGUACAACAAGGACGGAAAGAAGAUCAACCCCAACCAGGCCGCUGCUAAGACUACCACUGCUUAA